UUAAAUUCUACAUUGAAUGAAUUCUAGAACAAUUGAGAGUACCAUCGAGUGAUUGUGUACUGCCAUCAUCAACAGCACGUGUUAGCGAAUCAAUACCGAUUUGGACACAGAAUUUACAACCUUAGAAAUAGUCACAUAUGAUGCCAUAAGUAAUUUAGAAAAGAAAAUAAUUUUCAAGUAUGAAAUCUUAAUUGAAACAAGAAAUUAAAAUUUAUGCGGAACGAAGAUUUAAAGCUAUUGUGUAUUUAGAUUUAUCAUCUCAAUCUCUGAAAACUCAAUUUGAAAAACCAAUCAAAAUAAUUCAUAUCAUAGGAUAUACAUUUAUGAACGAAAUGAAAUGUUUUCAAUCGUUCAAUGGCAUAGUAACGUUUAAUAUUUUGAACUAUUUUAUAAACUAAAUGCAGAUGAUAUCCGAAAUAGGCAUGCACCGAACCAGAGCUCUGGUUCGGCGUUCGGUUUCAGAAACUAAUCCGUAAGGUUUAGUUAAUUUCAGGUUGGAGUAUUUCUGCACAUUGUUGACUCUUUUUAGUGUGUCUGUAGAUCUUCAAUUUGUGGAUCAUUUAUUCUACUAUGUGUAGAUCUAUCAUAGUCAAGUCUGAAAUCUUCUCUUUUAACUUUCUUCUACUUCCUUUUUUCAAUUGACUGUAAACGGUUGCAGUCAAUACCGUAUCCGAACGUUUGGGCUUAGCGCAUGUCUAAUGCGAAGAGAUAAAUUAACACGAUUGACUUUAAGAGACAUAAUAUUUCAAAUAGUUUUAUAACAUUCAAUUAUUUCCCGACAAACUAAAAAAGUUUUCAUGUAAAAAAUAAUAAUUAUGUCAUGGAUAUGUUGAACAUAUCAUUUCCAUAUCCCUCAUUCGAAAUUCCAAUGUCGUAGCUAUUGGUGAUACGAAUUUCGUUUGCAAUAACUUUAAAAUAAUUGAGAAAUUCUCUUCUUAUCAACAAUGUCUAUUGACGAGUAAAUGUUGCUUUUAUAUUUUCAAUGAUUGACUUUGAUUAAUUCAUUUAAAACUUUUAAUAGUGAGUUCACUAUCUCAGAACGUGUUUUUUCACGAAGGAAAAAAUAUGUGUGAACCAUAACACUAGUAUUUGUAAACUGAUGUAGCAGAGUUGACGCUUACGAGCAAUGUUUAUUUGCGUCACGCAUGCAUUUGAAAUAUCAGCUCAAUAUGGUAAAAAGAUAGGAGCACUUUAUGACAAGGUAACCACUUUUGUUCAUGACUGAUUAUUAUUAAAAUUUGUUUUUGAUCAUAUAAAAUAGAAAUAAUUUCUUUCAUCUAUACUUUUUGUAGAUAUUUGUCUUAAAGUAGCAAUAGCUUUAUGAUGUCUUCGUGGUGCUGAUCAUGUUCUUGCUAGUAUUGAACCAAAUUAUGCUACAACAGGUAUAGGUCAAUAUGAAAUUCCAACAUCAACUCAGUGUCAUCAAGAUGCUUCACUUGGUUUAACAUGUAUACAAUCAUGUUUUACUAAAUAUGACAUUCCAAAACCACUUGUUCAAUUUGUAUUAUUAGAUACUGAUUAUAUUAAUAUAGAUUAUCAAUGUAUACCAACAUGUUUACCAAAUAAUGAAAAUCCAAUUUGA